AUGACUAUUCCCCGGGGGAAAGAGCAGGAGAUGAGCAGAGUGCCGGGGAAGGCGUGGAGGAAUAUGGGGAAGAAGAAGAAGAGGAAGAGGAGGAGGAAGAAGAAGCGGGUGGUUGGAGCGGGGGUGGGGAGGUGGGCGAGGUUGGAAGAGGCGUUGGGGCGGUGGUUUGAGGAGAUGGGGGCGGAGGAGUUGGUUUGCCGGGGGAGGAUUAGAGAGCGGAGAUUGGUGCUGGAGGAGCAGGGGGAGGAUGGGGGGAAGGAUGGGGGGAAGGCAGCUCAGAAGCGCCCGUUUCCUGUGUUUCUGACGCUGGAAAUGGUUUCUGACAUGGGGAGGAAGCUUGGGCCUGCUUUAGGCGUUUCGAGUAACUUUAACAGUCGAGAAGAGGACCCGUACGCUCUAGACCAGUGGGUGGAUGAUCCAGAUGUAUCAAGCCUUAUGAGGGCAAUUUUGGGGCCGGAUUGGCUUAGUAAGUACCACGGCGGUGCCACUGGCUGCGGCAUUUACCUCGAUGCUGCUGGUGCCAGCAGUGCUGCCCCUGCCGCUGCUGCUGCUGCUGCUGCCACUGCUGGUGCUGCUGCUGGUUUCAGCAGUCCUGCUGCUGGUUUUGCUAUGGGUGGGCAUGGGCAUGGCAGUGGGUUUGUCAGGGGGAGCCUGUCGUCCCUUGCGUCGCCUCUCAUGCACUGCAUGCCCCUCUCGGCAGUGCCCAUGGUGCAGCAGAUGCAGCAGAACGAAACCACCCCAACUCCCGGUGUGCGCAAGCGGAUACAUGGCCCCCCCCUGCCCGUGCCGCUCCGCCGCUCCUUCCAAAUGACCACGCACCAAAAGCGGGCGCUUUGCCUCGUCAUACACUCCGUUCCGAACCUCUCCAGCUUGUUCCUUGCCAAGGCUCUGCUCCAGGCUUGGGGAACGCCCGUGUUCGAGUCCAUGAUUCGGAAAAUCAGGCAGCACGGCGAUUGGUGGAUGAAUAUUCCAAGAGGGAAGGAGGAGGAGUUUAGAGUGAGAGGAAAGCGGUGGGAUUGGAAGAAGAAGAAGUAUUAUGCGGUGGAGGGUGGUGUGGAUGGGCGGGUGCAGUGUGUGAGGCUGGAAGCGGCGCUGUUGAAGUGGAUUGAGGGGAUAGGAGCGGGGGAGUUGGAGCAGGAGGAGUUGCAGAAGCAGCAGAGGUUUCAGGGGCAGCAGAGGUUUCACGGGCAGCAGAGGUUUCACGGGCAGCAGAGGUUUCACGGGCAGCAGACCCCAUGGGGUGGCGAUGAUGAGCUCCCAGACAACCGCCCUGAUUCUCCUGACUCCCUCAAUGCUGUUGACUCUGUUGACUCUGCUGAAGCGCUUGACGCUCUUGAAGCUAUUGACUCUCGCGGCUUCCCUUCCUUGCCGCUGCCGCCUCAAAGCAAGCCUCCUCCUCCUCCUCCUCUGCACAUGUCUAUGCAGCGCCAGCAAGGGGCAUGGGGCAGGGAUGGGUCCUGGCCUGGUGCCUUUGGCCGUACUUCUCCCAUGACUGCUGUGAACGCCACAGCACAGCAGAGGGAGGGGUUUUCGGGCAAGGAUGGUUCAUGGGCAGCGGGUCUUCCUGCACCUCGUGCUACUGGCUUCUCUGGUUCUCAAGCCGCUGGUAAUCUUAGGCUCCGUGUUCCCCCCGGUUUCCCUGGCUCCCGUGCUGCAGACCCUCUUGCCCCUCGUGCUGGCUUCCCUGGUGCACAUGCAGCUGACCCUCUUGCUCCUCGUGCUCCUGAAUUUCGAGGCACACGUACCGCUGCUGACCCUCUUGCUCCUCGUGCUCCUGUCAUGGGUUCGGAGGAGUGGCAGCAGAGGCUGCAGGGGCAGCACAGGUCGACUUUUGAGUCGACUCAAAAUUCAACAAUUGACUCUCGUGCUGCUGUCAUGGGCUCGGAGCACUGGCAGCAGAGGCUGCAGAGACCAUUAGGCGGGGUUGGUUCUUGGGCAGGUGGUUUCACUGCCGCACCAUCCCUUGGUAACGGUCUCAACCGCUCUCCACCCAUGCCUGGACACGCUUUCUCUGGUCCCCAAGCAGCUGGUCUCACUCCCAAUGCAGGCCCUGCUGGUCCCACCACGCGUGGCAAGCGCUUGCCAAAGUGUGCGGUGAGACAGGAUCAGAGAGGAGGAGGUGGUGGUGGAGAGUGGAUGGGAGGGCUGCCUGGCGGCACUGGUGCUUUUCCUUACUCCUCUCGGAACGCAUCUGGGUACUUGUAUGAGCGGGGAGAGAGGGCAUUUGGUGGUAGUGAGUGGGGGGAAGGAGCGGGAGGAGGGGGAGGAGCAGUGGGAUGGGGAGGGGAAGGAGGAGGGGAAGAUAGAGGACCUGAGUAUGGGGUUAGAGGAUUGGGUAAUGAGAAAAGGCAGGGAAAGAAGAGGAGGGUGGUAGAGGAGGAGAGAGUGAGAGAGGAGAGAUUGGGGAGGAAGGAGAUGGUGAGAGAGGAGAUGGCACGAGAGGAGAGGGUGAGAGAGAAGGUGAGAAGGUCAGAGGGCGGUCGAAGUCUGGAAACAUCUCAGUCGAAAAAAGCACUUCAAAAGAAGGGAAGGAGCGGGGCAAAGACGGGUAUUGAUUCAGCUGGUACACAGGCUUUUGAGACGCCUCAAAAGCAGGCUGAAAAGCGGUCUAAGAAACGAAACGCUUCCUUUCACACUGCAUGGGCCAUGCUGGUUGGUGGGGGCGCUGCUGGGGAGACGAAAAAAAAUGCUGAGGGUGGAGUUGAGACGACUGGAAACACCAUGCAGGCUGGUGGGGAUGCAGGAGGGGAGACGGAUGGUGUGGGGAGAGAAACAGGGGGACAGGCUGGAGGGGAUGGGGGCGAGAUGGGCGGCAGUGACGGGGAGCGGGGCGGCGGUGACGAGGAUAGGGGCGGCGGUAGCAGGGAGAGGGGCGGCAGUGACGGGGAGAGGGGCGGCAGUGACGGGGAGAGGGGCGGCAGUGACGGGGAGAGGGGCGGCAGUGACGGGGAGAGGGGCGGCAUUGGAAGGGAGAGGGGCGGCAGUGACGGGGAGAGGGGCGGCAUUGGAAGGGAGAGGGGCGGCGGUGACCCUGUCUUGAUGACUCACAAUGGCGGGGAAAAUGGAAAUGAAGGGGAGAGAGGCGGUGGGGAAGGGGAGGGUGAUUGUGGGAGAGGGGACAAGGAUGGUGGGAGAAAGGAGCGUAGCCGUGCGGGAGGGGAAAUUGAUAGCAGGGGAGGGGAUAAAGAUGCAACUGGGGGUUUAAAGAGUGGGAAGAGGAAUGGGGGAGAACGGGGUGGUAAUAGGCAGGACAACGGCGGGAAUGGGCAGGAGAGCGGUGGGAAUGGGCAGGAGAGCGGUGAGAAUGGGCAGGAGAGCGGUGAGAAUGGGCGGGAGAGCGGUGGGAAUGGGCGGUCGAGGGGUGGGAAGGUAGAGGUGAAUGAGAUAUUGGUGAAGGAAGAGGAUUUGAGUGGUGGUUCUAGCAAGAGGAGCGAAGAGAGGAGAGAGAGGAGGGAAAGGAGGGAGGAGGAAGGAUAG